ACCACCAUCUCACACUAUACUAGUACUCUAUAUCAAUUUCUUAUACGCAAUACGAUGAACAGUACACCCAUUCAUACUCUUCACCAUAAUAGCCCAGACACACACACCGGAAUUCAAAAGCGAGAGAUACGAGAAAUUGGAGUGAUUUAGCAAGAAGCCCAUCCCGUGAUUUGUGUGCUCGUCUACGCUAGUUAAUUAGGAUGAGUUCGGGGCCGAUCGGCGCCAAACGAAGUUGUGGAGAUAGUGACACAAUUAUCGGUUGUCACUCCUUCUUUUUCCCUGGCCAUCAUGGAUCCUUUUUCAGGUUGAGGAAGUGGGAACUUCUCUCGGCUGAGUGUGGGGGGUUCAAGAUUUGCUUUGUUUGUGUACUGCUGCUGCUGCUGCUACUGUGGCCACACGGCCCACUUUGCCUAGAACAACCCUUCUCCUGUGGGUGGGUGUCAGGCACGGUCGAUGGAGGCACCCGACCCGACCUUGAAGGGUGACUUCAUCGGCCUUCCUUACAGCCAUCAUGUGCGACAUGUCUGAUAUAUGCAUGACUUUG